ACGUAAUAGUGAUGUGUGUCAAUCAUGAAGAUGUGUUUUGUCUUCUCUUGAUGGAUAUGCUUUGCUGUGCUUUUCUUUAUUAUAUAGGAGUGAUUUGGCAGUAUUGUCGAGAAGAAGGAACGAAGAAACCACAAAUGGUGAAGGGUUCUGUCCAUCUGCUGCUCUUCCUCUAUCUUUCUGCAAUUUCUGUGGGAAUUGCGGGGAGGAUUGUGCCUCUCCAUGAGCCUUUUGAUAAAUCCACUUCCUCCAGAUCAUUCAGCCCCAUUUUUGAUAAUUCUAAGUAUGGUAUACUGCAGCUCAACAAUGGUUUGGCUCGAACUCCUCAGAUGGGAUGGAACAGCUGGAAUUUCUUUGCCUGCAAUAUCGAUGAGACAGUUAUCAAAGAAACCGCUGAUGCUCUUGUCUCAACUGGCUUGGCUGAUUUAGGAUAUGUCUAUGUCAAUAUAGAUGAUUGCUGGUCUUCCUUGGAGCGAGAUUCUAAGGGUCAAUUAGUCCCGGAUCCAAAGACUUUUCCAUCAGGUAUUAAAGCUCUUGCUGAUUAUGUACAUGCGAAGGGCCUCAAGCUUGGUAUUUAUUCUGAUGCUGGGAUUUUUACAUGUCAAGUUCGACCUGGAUCAAUAUUUCAUGAAAGGGAUGACGCAGAGCUGUUUGCCUCAUGGGGUGUGGAUUAUUUGAAGUAUGAUAACUGUUACAAUCUGGGCAUCGAACCAGAAGAACGGUAUCCACCAAUGCGUAAUGCUCUAAAUGCAACUGGGCGCACAAUAUUCUAUUCGCUUUGUGAAUGGGGUGUAGAUGACCCUGCCUUAUGGGCAGGCAAAGUUGGAAAUAGUUGGCGAACAACAGAUGAUAUCAAUGAUUCCUGGGCAAGGUAUGCAUUCUGAACUCUUUAAAGUCUUGGUUGUUUGAAUGGUUUCUGUAUGGUGUUUACAUUGGAUCCUUUCAUUUGAAAGUUUCUGAGUCAUUGGCAAUCUGGGAAAUGAGUCCGUAUUCCAUUUCUCAUCCUCAACCCAACAACAUUGACAAGAAUUGAUUACUCUUUCAUUUCUUUAAAUAGUAAUUUCUCAAAAAUAGGCAUGUAGAACAUCCUAAGUGAUCAUCUGUGAAGAUACAUUGGUGUCACUGGUUACUCUUCCACUUAGUCAUCUAACAGGCAUGACCCUAAUCAUAAAGGUCUAGACUGGCGUUGAACAAGUCUAUUACUUUGAUAAAAUUUGUAGGAUAAUUCCAUUUUGAUCCAAAUUGCAAACCGGUAAAUAUGGUAUAUGUUGAUAAUUUGAUUCUUAAACCCGUGAUGCCUCUAUAGGCUUCUCAGUGAGUUUAAUUUGACAGUCUGCAUUAAAU